CGCAGUGCGCUGACGUGCUCGACACGUGAUGUUUUCGCUGGGCUGUAGUGAUGUGUAGCCACCAUGAGUGAAGCGGGCAAAUAAAGAUUUAUCAUGGCAGCGAGCGAUGAUGGAGGCUCUGCGAAGAUGCAAUGUUUCGUCGCGCUGAAUAAUCACCAGGGGGAUACAUCGGAAAGCAGCACGGAUUACUCGAACGUGUAAUUGUAUCUGAGCUAGGAACGCGCAGCCAACAGAAUGGGCCGUGCAUCAGUGUAAAGCGGAGGUAAAGUGACCUUUCAUCGCAUUGUCCCAUGGAAGAUCGGCCGCGUUUACCGAAUCACGGCGUCAUGUUGACACUAGAGGCACAACCGCGUCGCGCGGUCAUGAAAACAUCCGACAUCUCUUGUGCUGCUGGGGAGCCUCCAUCCUCCUCCUCCUCCUCCUCCACCUCAAUCAAUAACAACGGCUCCCGUUUGCCCAUGCACUUAACAGCCUCCUCUCAUUCUCAGCCUCAGAGGAGGUACCAUCCGCCUUACCACUUUAAAGUGCACCAUCUGUUCCCGGAUGAGAGCCCUCAGGAUGCUGUAUUGAGGAAGCACUUGCCACCGCUCCAGUAUAAAGUGCACGAUUCUGCCUUCUGCCGCGUCCUGAGCGCCGACACCACCGCUGCUGCCCUGGCCGCCGCCGCCGUCUGCUCCGCCGGUGUGGACCGGGACAUAUGGAAAUGUGGUUAUCUCAGAAAACAGAAGCACGGCCACAAGAGGUUCUUCGUCUUGAGGGGCCCCAGCAACCUCGGCCCCAGUCGGCUGGAGUAUUACGACAGCGAGAAGAAAUUUCGAAACGCCCUUAAAGCUGCUGCCUCUGGUGUUGUGUGCCCUGCCAAGAGGGUGAUUUAUCUGUCCCAGUGUUUUACGGUGAACAAGAGGGCUGAUGCUAAGAACAAAUACCUCAUUGCCCUUUAUACUAAAGAUGAGUAUUUCGCCGUGGUGGCGGAGAGCGAGCAGGAGCAAGAGGAGUGGUACCUAGCCCUCACCGAACUUAUGGCGGAGGGGAAAAAGGGGCAGCUAGACAAUGACGAACUCGACGACGGUUAUGGUACGAUUUCGCCAGGUACUAUUUUCAAGGAGGUGUGGCAGGUGAACGUCAAACCUAAAGGCUUGGGUCAGACUAGGAAUCUAAUGGGCGUGUACCGUCUGUGCCUUUCCACCAAGACCAUUCACCUGGUGAAGCUGAACUCGGAGACGCCUGCCGUCAACCUGCCGCUAAUGAGCAUCCGCCGCUGCGGCCACUCCGAGAGCUUCUUCUUCAUCGAGGUAGGCCGCUCUUCUUCCAUCGGUCCCGGUGAAAUCUGGGUGCAAGUCGAAGACUCGGUGGUGGCGCAGAACAUGCACGAGACCAUUCUGGACACAAUGAAGGCUCUCAAGGCCUUUCCUGACUUCAGGCCGCGAAGCAAAAGCCAGUCCUCCGGCUCGAACCCCAUGCCGUUCAUCACUACUCGCCGACAUCUCGGCAACCUUCACCAGAGCCAAACCGGGCUGCAGUGCCCCUCCAGGACAGAUUCAGUGACGGGCACGCCACCUACAGGGAAAAACAGAGGGCGGGGUCAGCGCUACCGGACCUCCAGCGAGGGCGAAGGCACUCAGGACCGCCCCCUCAGCUCUGGAACAGGCAGCCUGGUGCACCUAAAUACUCCCAUUCUCAGCGUGGGCAGGGAAGAAAGCGGCAGCUGCUGUGCCCACGCCUCACCAGGUUCCAGCCAGCACACUCGGUCUGCUUCACUUCCUGUGUCUCACUUCCUGUCUGCCGCCAGCCCCAUCAGUGUGUCCAGCAGCAGCGGGCACGGCUCGGCCUCUGAAACCCACACCCGCCCCUCAAGCUCCUCCAUUUGUGGCUCCCCUAGUGAUGGAGGCUUCAACUCGUCUGAUGAGUUCUGCCCCAGCCCGUGUGACUUCAGGUACUUUCACACAAGUUGCACCACUCCCGAAUCCCACGGCAGCACUCCGCCCAUUCGAGAGGACUAUCGACUGACUGAAUACAUGACCAUGGAUUGGCACAGAGAUGGGGCGAGGACUUUCGAAGAGGAGAGCAGUUACAUGGAAAGGACUUUCCUCAAGUUAGCACAUUCAUCCAAGCCAAAGCUUGGCGGGGGAUUGAGUAUCACACAGCAGAAAGCUACACAAACCUCAUCUUCUUUAGAUGAAUCAAGCCCGGUGGAGUCCAAACGACACCAGGUUUGCUCGUGCCUGCUGAAGUCAGCCCAUAAGUCUUACUCUGAAUUACAUCACCCAAACAAACCUGCCUUGCUCAGCUCUGAGUGUCAAAAGAAACUGCCAAAAGACGAUGGCUAUAUGCCCAUGAUCUACAGCAUUGCUCCGUCUCCAAAUGCAGGUUACAUCCCUAUGCAACCCCGAGCAAACCACCCCAGCACCCUGGACAUUCAACCCUGUUCCUCGCAGCAAGCGGACCGAUACGGCUACAUGAUGAUGCUCCCAGGCGAAAGCCUCUCUGGUAGAGAGCAGGUGGAGUAUGAUGACUACAUGGACAUGUCACAACUUAGCGUGGCCGAAGGCUUUUCGCAGGCCUCGCCUGAAGGUCCAAAGACCUCGUACUUCUCACUCCCACGCUCUUACAAAGCCCCGUCACGAGAAAAGUGUGAAAAGAUGGAAUACAUUCCCAUGUCCCCAACUGAGCCCUUAAGCCCACCUAGUCCUGGAGAGUACAUUCACAUGGACUUUGGGUCUCGUCCCACUCACAUCGCUGCUGCUUCUCCAUCCUCCGUAAAUUCGCCCUCCACUCCUCCUCCUUCUCAGCCCUGCUAUCAACACUGUUGCUCCUCACCAGACCAUGACUGUUUGGGCCCAAACAUGGACAGCCUCCUGAAGGACCACCCUCCUCGACACUCGCUCGUAGCACCGUGGAACCCGCCCAACUACGCCCGUCCCUUAGGGUGCUCUUAUGGGCAGGCAUUGACUAAUUUAGAUCCUGAAAAGACGCACGUCGAAUGCGGAGAUGGUCUGUUGAGAACAAUGCAGCACCUUUGUAUCUCCGAGCGUCUGCCAUUCGGUCAUCCGGAGCUUAAGGUCAUCAGGGCGGACCCGCAGGGAAGGAGACGACACAGUUCAGAGACGUUCAUCCCCUCGCCUGCUUCUUUUAUUGGUGGUUGCGGAAUCAGGCCCUCAGCCAAUCAGAAUCUACCCGAAGAUAGCAGAUGGCAAAACUCCGGCUCCUUCGAUAGCAUGUGGUCACACGCGGAUGCUUCUCGUGACACGGCAGCCCUAGCGACGAGCUCCGCUAGCGGAGGGACGCCUCAGAACACCUCAUCCAGCUACCUCAACUACAUCGCUCUGGACCUGAGAGAAGUGCCCAGGGUCACACGUGAUACUCCCCCUCCACACCCAGAUCAAAAUAACCUCCAAGAGAGCGAUGCUUAUGCUGGUAUAGACUUCUCCGUUUCGGGAGGACGUGCCACUGCCUCAAAAGAUUGAGUGACUCAAAAGCUGGUGCUCGGAGGGGAAUCAGGAUACGGAGAAUCCACUGAACUCUGGAACGCCGAAAAGCAAGCCGCCUCCUCCUCCACCUCCUCCGUAGAACUCCAACAACAAAGACUGAGAAACUGCACAACCUCUUAUGCUCUGUAUUUUCCACAUAACUGCCUCAACAACUGGUUUCAUUUGUCUGUUUUUAAGAUGGUCCUCACUGCAGAACAAAAGAUGCAGGGGGCGUGGUUAGAUCUAGAUCCAACUCCUCCCACCUAACAUAUACCUUAACCUACGAGUCUCCACCCCCUGAUCCCUAAACCCACCCAUCACCACCCCUAAACCUACCAAUCUCCACCCCUAGACCCACCCAUCACCACCCCUAAACCCACCAAUCUCCACCCCUAGACCCACCCAUCACCACCCCUAAACCCACCAAUCUCCACCCCUAGACCCACCCAUCUCCACCCCUAAACCCACCAAUCUCCACCCCUAAACCCCACAAUCUCCACCCCUAGACCCACCCAUCUCCACCCCUAAACCUACCAAUCUCCACCCCUAAACCCCCUCCCAUCUCCACCCCUAAACCCACCAAUCUCCACCCCUAAACCCACCCAUCUCCACCCCUAAACCCCACAAUCUCCACCCCUAGACCCACCCAUCUCCACCCCUAAACCUACCAAUCUCCACCCCCUAAACCCCACCUAUCUCCACCCCUAAACCCACCAAUCUCCACCCCUAAACCCCACCCAUCUCCACCCCUAAACCUAUCAAUCUCCAUCCCCCUGGAUCUUGUGUUCUGUAGUGAGGGGCUACUGCGUUUUUGUCUGAAUGAUGAUGUUUGGUUUAUUUCUUUCUUGCCUCCGGUCUUAGAGUGCGUUUGCUAAAUUAGAACUGUGAGCUUCAGAUAUAUAGCACUUCUUUUUUUGUGUGCAUGGUAUGAAACGCAUCAUAGCUCUUUGGUUACAGGUUUAUGUUUCUCCAUGCAAAAUCGGAUGUAAAUAGGAGAAGCUUGUAUAUCAUUUUGUAAAAGCCGUGCUCAUUACCCUGACACUGGAGAUGGUCCUCACUGCAGAACACAAGAUCCAGGGGGCGGGGUUAGCUCUAGAGCCAACUCCUCCCUCCUUACAUGUACCUAAACCUACUAGUCUCCACCCCCUUGAUGUGGAUCCAACCACGCCCCCUGGAUCUUGUGUUCUGCAGACACUCACCGCAUUUAUUUCCGCCCAUUUUUAUUUGUAUAAAGAGUAUUUUUUUAGGGGUAACACUGUAAAAGGGUUCAAGCUUGUCAUAUGGACCACUAGUGUACAGUCGUGAAAUCAUCUCACCCCCUGCGAGAUUGUCUGAGAAAUGAGGAAACAUCGGGCGAAUUCAAAAGUACGACAUGCUUCAAAACGAGAACGAGAGCACCUUUUAGCAGAGACAGUGUUUCUGAGUCAACUGGAUUCUACCUCCUGUUCACACCGUUAGGAAAACACUCACAAAAUCCUUUCAGCCUUGCCUGUAUUAGUGUGAUAUCAAGUAUUACCGACUCGAGAUGCAAAACACUGUCAUUUUUUCUGUCCUCGUUUAAAAUAGCCUUGUUUACAUAGACUGGGAGUGAUUUUGAGCCAGGAUGUAGCCACUGGUCACCAAACAACGAUGUUUACUACUUAUUUGUGUGCAUUUCACUACUAGUCUUACAAACUGCCACAGUACUGAAGGAUAACGUCGUGCUACUUUGCAUUCCCCACGUGGCACAUCCUUGUUUGUGUUAAUUUAUUGAUUAUUUAUUGAUCGUCUGUGUUUAUUUAUUGAAUCCAGUGUAGUGACGUUCACCGUUUGCUGGUGAGCGCAUUGGUACGAAUAUAGUAUUACUUGCUGAGAGGCGGAGUUCAGUGUAAAUACAACUUCACACAACCUGUUUUCCCCUCAUCUCUCAAGCCUUUCUUAACUAAGAGUUACUAGAGCCUCUUUUUUUUUUGCCUGUACCUGGAAGCUUUAUAUGAAGAGAUUUUGGGUUGAGGUUGUGGUUGUGGUUGAAAGCUGUGUAGUAAGAUGUGUACGCUUUACAGUAGUAGUCCAGAUUAUGUUGGGACGAAACCAUACGUCGGUGACUUUUUCCCAUUGGUUUUGGUAGCGGCCCGCUUGCGUCCGCUCUCUUUCUUUGACUAGCUUCUGUCAUGCUAUUGUGUCAUGAUAUUGCGUUGCUUUAAUGUAAAAUGUGAAAUUAAAAAACAGUAGUAUACCGUUUCUUGGGGAUUUUUCUACACAAUAACUACAGUGACAGACUGGAAAAAUAAUCUGACUUGUGUUUCUUUUUAUACUAGGGGCUCUACUGAGGUUAUAUUUUGGGGAUACUGAUAUUGUUUGGAAUUGUGUCGAGUUGGUUGCCUUUUAAAAUGACUGAAAGGAAGCUGGACUAAAGAAAUAUCUGAGAUGGGCAAAGUCUGUGUCAACUCACUGUUCAUUUGGUCAGUACUCACUUACGCUGAAAGCUUGUGAUUGGGUUGAAACAUCAUGUUGAUAAUAACGACUAAAGCAGACCAUUAUCAGCGCCGUCUUCCUUUUGUAAAUAUUGUAAUUUUUGAUAUCCCUUCUCUCGCCAACACGCUACACAGCACCUCGCUUGGUUUCAAGGAUGAGGGUGUUUUUUGUUUUUAUUUGGUCACUUCUGCAUUUUUAUAUUUAGUUUUUUUUGUGUAUAUUUAUUAGAUUGGGUUUUGCUUGUAAUAGAGCUAUUGCAAUAAAAAAGUGCCAAGGUA